AUGGCCGGCACGCGGCGGGGCUCCGCGCGGAGCCAAUCAGGACGCGGGAUAUUGGGGAGUCCCGAUCCGGCCUCAGAGGAGCCGUGUCCGGGCGCGGCGGGGUCGCCAUGGCCGCGAUGGCUCCGGCGCAGCGCGGCCCCGCGGGCGGGGGCACAGGAACGCAGCGAUGCACCCCGCAGGAGAGCCCUUACAGCCGGGUACGGCGACCAGCCUCGUUCCUCCGGUGACCUCGCCGUGGCUGACACAGAGAUGGGGAAACCUGAAGAGGCUGCGCUGUGCCCCGGCAGGUUCCUGCAGCUGUGCAAUGAAAACGGCCGUGCGAGCCGGCGCUCGGGACGUGCUGUGCAGACACCGAAGGGACACGAAGCCAGGAGCACUCAGGCCAGCGCUUCCCAAGCACGGACCAGCUCGCUCCUGAGGAAAGUGGCACAACUGGAAAGCAAAUUCAUCCAUCAGAAACGGCAGGUGGGAUUGCAGAGCACUGAGCUGGGCCAGAAGCCUUUGGCUGAAGAGUCCACAUCAUCCAGCCAUGAACACAGUGCAAAGGGCAAGAAAUACCUGAAAAAUUCUGCUGUCACCAGUACAAACGUGACCCUCAGUAAUGCCCCUCCUAAGGAAAAGGAAAGAACCCAAAGCUCCAGAGAGAGUGUUGUGGUUAAACAGCAGUUUGGUUUGGACAGCGAUGGGGAGGAGAUGGGAGAGCUGCUGCAGAGUGUGUUGGAGUUCUGUGAUGGAAAUAAGACUCAGAGGGUUGCUGUGAGUGGCUCCAGAUGUGCUGGAAAGGGUAAGACUCCUCCAUCUCCUAAGGAAGUUUCACUGUCAGAGGCAUCUCAAGUGUCUUCAUUUCACAGCAAAGGCUCAGAGAAAGAUGUUUCUGGCAGAGUUAAUCCACCAACACCUUCCCCAGCCAGCAGAAACCUGUCAGUACAACAUGGCAGGAGAUCUCAGCCACUGUCUUCUGUGAAAAACAACCCUGUCAAGGUUACUCUGCCUGGAAUGGACACCAUCAAGCAGAGCCAAAUAUCACCUGAAAGUGACAGGAGUGAGAUAACAUCAUUAGAUGAGUUAUUUUCCGAAGCAGCUAGCAGCAGCUCAGGUGAUUUCAGACUGAACGUCCUGAGCCUUGAUGAUUUAGCACCAAACAUCACCAGUGAGGCAGCAGAAUUAGAGCAGAAAGGCACAGACAUCCAAAUUGCUCCAGAAUCAAACAGAAAUCCCCCAGAAGAUACAUUCCUGGUGGAAAACACUGUGACUGAAGCUGAAGUCUCUGAGCAUUUAAGUGGAGUUUCUGUAGACUUCCCUGGACACAAGGAGGAUUACCUUGACCAGGAUGGGAGAACUCGUUCUGAAGGCUGUGAGAGGGUUCUGUCCACAGCAGACAGUGAAUCUGUACCAGAAGUGUCAGAGGAACAUCCCCAGAGCUGCACAUACUCUGGAGAAUCCCCAUCUCCAGUGGCAUCACCUGUCUGUACCAGAGAGCAGCAGGAGCAGAGACACAGAGGAGCUGUCAGAGAAGCUGCAGUUCAGACAGUGGAGCCUCCCCUCACCUGGUGCUGCUCAAGGACAGCUGCCUCCUGCCCACUUCACCCAGCCCUAGGAAGCAGUUACCUUGAUGCAGGGCCUGUUGCCAGUCCUCUUGUCAGCAUGGAUGCAGCAGAAGCGCCGGGCUCCUGGGCCCUGGGGUUAAAUGCCCUGUUCAAACAGCACGUGCUGCUGAUCCAGCAGUUUGUGGACAACUAUCAGCAUCUCCACUUGUCCCUGCUGGAGUCCCUGGAGAAGGAAAACUACCACUACCACACCCUGGAGGAGACUAAAGAGUACAUCAGGAAGCACAGACCCCCACCUCUAACACUGGAGCAAGCACGGGAGGAAGUCCAGAGGGCACAGGAGGAGGAACUGCUUUGAGCUGUAAAGGAUUCAUGUUUACAGAGCUCAGGCUGGAACAAGAAACCCCAACUGCUCAGAGUAAACAUUAAACACUCC